UGAUGAUUGGAGUCUGGACCGUCCUGUGCUGCGCUGUGAUUGGUGGAAAUCCUUGCGAAGGGCGACGUCUUGUCAGAGGACAGAGGCAAAAUGGCUGCGCUGAGGAGACUGUUCUGCGGGGGGAAGAAUGGCGUGUCAGUGUUCCUGCAGAGAGAAUUCCACAGGACCUCGCCAGCCGCCCUGCAGCUCACAGUUCGAGAUGCUUUAAAUCAGGCAUUGGAUGAAGAAUUGGAAAGAGAUGAAAAGGUGUUUAUCUUAGGAGAAGAAGUUGCUCAAUAUGAUGGUGCAUAUAAGAUCAGUAGAGGUCUUUGGAAAAAGUAUGGAGACAAAAGAGUUAUGGAUACGCCUAUAUCUGAGAUGGGUUUUGCAGGCAUUGCUGUUGGUGCUGCCAUGGCAGGAUUGAGGCCAAUCUGUGAGUUCAUGACAUUCAACUUCUCCAUGCAAGCAAUUGAUCAAGUCAUUAACUCCGCUGCUAAAACCUAUUACAUGUCAGCAGGCCGUGUGCCUGUCCCUAUUGUUUUCCGGGGGCCAAAUGGUGCCUCGGCUGGUGUGGCUGCCCAGCACUCCCAGUGCUUUGCUGCCUGGUACGGGCACUGCCCCGGAUUGAAGGUGGUGAGCCCUUGGAAUGCUGAAGAUGCUAAAGGUCUCCUGAAAGCAGCUGUCCGGGAUAAUAACCCAGUGGUGAUGCUAGAGAACGAGUUAAUGUAUGGUGUGCCAUUUGAACUGUCUGAAGAAGCUCAAUCAAAGGACUUUGUUGUUCCCAUUGGUAAAGCAAAGAUUGAACGGCAAGGAAGUCAGAUCACUCUGGUCUCUCAUUCGCGUUCUGUUGGGCAUUGUCUAGAGGCUGCCAAUGUGCUGGCUAAAGAAGGAAUUGAUUGUGAGGUUGUCAACUUACGGACAAUUCGGCCAAUGGACACUGAAACAAUUGAAGCUAGUGUUGUAAAAACCAACCAUCUGGUCACAGUAGAAGGAGGGUGGCCACAGUUUGGUGUAGGAGCUGAAAUCUGCGCCAAGAUAAUGGAAGGACCUGCAUUCAAUUACCUGGAUUCCCCCGUGUUCCGUGUGACUGGCGCCGAUGUUCCCAUGCCUUAUGCCAAGAUAUUAGAAGACAACUGCAUACCACAAGUAAAGGAUAUCAUAUUUGCAGUUAAAAAGACUCUAAAUAUUGUCUAGGUGUAUAUAAUCUCAUUUAAUGGUCAUGUACAUGUCUUUUUAACAUUAGUAUCCCACCUAUAUUUUUCUCUGGAUUACUGGUCUAUAAAAACAAACCAUUUCAUUUAUUGCUGGGAAACUGACUUGUUUACAAAGAUCAGUUAACUUAUAGAGGGUCUCUGGUGCCAGGGACUGCACAGUCAAUUAGACACACUCCUACCAGUGGAUCUGUCUCAUAUUGGAGAAAUGUGUUACAAGGCGGACAAUAUUUAUUGGGAAUAAUGAAUUCCAUACUUCUGUAUAAAUGCCUCCGUUGGUCCGGUUCCUGUAAUAAAAAAGAAAUACGUAAUGUUGCUUUGUACCACAAUAAAAACCUGAAUUUGUUUUGGGAA